CACAGACCACAGGGGCUCCACGUGAUACGGGAUUUGGAGAAGCAGAAACCGACGAAAUCCAGGCGUCGCGAAUCGCGAAGUCGAACAUUUUGGACGAUCUGACCUUUCCUGUCCACACGUCACAUCACAACCGCCACAAUGAGGACACUAGGAGUACGAUGGAAUAAGCUGAGACGUGCUCUCAUCAACCUCCAAACAGGCCCCGGUGCCGCCAUCAUUCCUCCGAAUGUCACACGCGUGCAUAUGGACUUUGCCGUCACAUGUAAAGGCGGCCACAUGGGACCCAAGAAAUUCUGGCGCGAGAUCCUCCCCCGUCUCAAGUACCACAAUCCCUCGAUCCCCAUGAUCGUCAACCGCCACCGACAAAACGAGAUCCCCCCCAAAAUGACCAUCUACGUCCGCAACCCGGACGUGCCAGAGCCCAGUGAGCCCCAGAGCCUCCAGCAACCGCCCUCGUCACAUGCGGGCUUGUCGAAAGCGCAGCCGCCGCUGCCGACCGAGAAGACGAUUGAGCUGGACAUGAAGGACAAGCACUCGUCGUACAUUCUCGAGUACUUUGUCGCCGAGACGAGAGCGCAGGUGCUCAAGCCCACGCCAGAGCAGGUGCAGGAGAUCCAGAGUCUGCAGGAUCUGGCCAAGCAAGGAGAGUACGACAGGGGCGUGCUGGACAAGCUCAGGGCAGAGAAGAAGCGGGAGAAGGAUAUGCUGGCACGGGCCAGGCAAGCGGGUGGUUUGAGCGAGGACUGAGUGUUGAACUCUGUUACUAAGCGUUGUAUAGAUGCUGUAUCAUUAGGCCAUAUAGAGGCCGUGUAUAGGGAAUUGAAAAGGCGCCGACCAUUGGAUCACCAGAUUUUGCAGGGCGGGAAUCUUGUCACUGGAACGAAAUGAGCUUGAGUCCUGACAAAGACUGAU